AAAGAAACAAAGGCUGCUUCAUGAGGCCAGAGAGAUUUCAUGAAGUGGAUGGAUUCAAUCAGAUAACCUGAGAUCAUAAAAGACUCCUCAUCAUCCUAAAUUGUGCCAAUUCUGUGGCCCUAAAGAAGUUCUGUCUUGAAUAUUUCCUGUACACUUCCUGGACAGUCAUGGAUUCCCACAGUGGUCCCUACCUCAACCAUAAGGCUCUCUGCUCACCUCUGGGUGCAGCCCGGUUAUGUCAGUUAGCUUUGGGCUGUGCUGUGAUCGCGAUGGUGACCCACACUGCCGGCUACAGCGGCUCACACGGCGUGUUCUGCAUGGCGGCGUGGUGUUUUUGCUUCGCCAUGUCAGUGUUGGUGUUCUUCCUGGAUGCAACCCGUCUCUACAGCUACCUGCCCGUAUCCUGGGACAACCUCACAGUCACGUGUGCUGCCUUUGCAACGCUCAUGUAUGUGACGGCCUCUGUCGUUUACCCUCUGUUCUUUGUGCAAUCCGAGUGCCCUUACGCUGGCUGUGAUGUCAGAAAUUUCCGCAUUGCCGUCACCGUCUGCUCCAUCCUUGGGACUCUGGCCUACGGGGCGGAAGUGGCCUUGUGCCGAGCAAGACCAGGCCAGAUUGUGACGGGUUAUAUGGCCACAGUGUCCGGCCUUCUCAAAGUUGUUCAGGGCUUUAUAGCCUGCAUCAUCUUUGGUGCACUGGCCAACCGGAGUCAGUAUUCCCAGUAUGCAGGCACAAUCUACUGCGUUGUUGUCUACGCUUUCUGUUUUGCCCUCACAGCACUGGUGAUCAUAAUGACUGUGUGCAAGCGGACCAAGGCUGUGUGCUGCAUGCCCUUUGACCGCUUCGUGGUAGUGUGCACCCUCCUCGAAGUACUGCUCUACCUGAGUGCAUCAGUGGUGUGGCCAGUGUUCUGCUUUGACACAAAAUACGGCUCCCCAUGGAGACCGUCGUCCUGUCCACAGGGGAAGUGUCCGUGGGACAGCAAGGUUGUGGUGGCCGUGUUUUCCUUCAUCAACUUUGGACUGUAUUUGGCCGACCUGAUCUAUUCCCAGAGGAUACGAUUCGUCUCCUCACAUAGGCCCAGUAACUCGCGGGCCUAGCAGUCCUUAUUUGGCAUUGGUUUAGCAGGUUUAAGUUAUUUAUUUGCCUCACAGUUUAGGAUUUUUGAUAUUUAAAACCAUAGAAAAGGUAAAUUUGUAAUGCACAAGUUUCCAAACCCAGGUGCUGCACUUACUCUGCUGCUGAGACGUCAUGAAUUUGAACUGAAAGCACUCUUGUGGAAUUUCACUGCCACACCCUAACAUGGCAAAACUGACCCCUUCUUUCCUAGGAGCCAGCCUUACCCAGGCAGUCUGGACCCAGUGGUAUGUCCUGCCAAAUCCUCAUAAUACAAGAUACUCCCACUAUUCUUGACCUGUGGCA